AUGGGUCAGUCUGUGGCUGAUCCGCCCGACGAGCACCCCCCGGAGAAUGGACGGCUCCCCCACAGACCCCGAAGCCACUGCAGUGGCACCGCCCCUGCCCCCCUCGGGUUCCACUACCUCCGCAGGCUGUGCAGGGAGAGGGGAAUCCUCUUCGAAGACCCCGAGUUCAAUGGAACGAGCACUAGAAUACCCAGCAGCAAGCACAGAUCUCAAUGCUCGACUGUCACGUGGAUGCGACCCUACGAAAUUUGUGCAAGACCAAAGUUUGUAUCCGAAAGCACUGCACGUUUUGAUAUCGAGCAAGGAGAACUAGGAGAUUAUAGUCUUGUGGCAGCAGUGUCUUGUCUGACCAUGACACCUCGGUUCCUAGAACGAGUAGUUCCACCAGAUCAGAACUUUCAUCAAGGCUACUGUGGAAUCUUCCGGUUCAGGUUCUGGAGGUUCGGGGACUGGGUGGAGGUGGUCGUCGACGACCGGCUGCCCACAGCGAAAGGAAGACCAUUGUUCCUAAGGUCAACGGAUCCUACAGAAUUCUGGCCUGCCUUGCUCGAAAAAGCCUACGCUAAAUUCUAUUGCGGUUAUGGCAACCUCCAAGGUGGAAAAACUUCUCAAACCUUACAAGAUCUUACUGGAGGAGUAGCACAGAACUUUCGAAUAGCGGACCAUGAGCCUUCAGUUAUGUUCCAAACUGUGAACAGUUGCGUUACUCGUUCAACCCUGCUAGCUGCUAGCAUACAAACGGAUCAGCGUCUACCUGUACGACUACGGAAUGGAUUAGUCACACAACAUGCGUAUAGUAUCACAGGACUUGCUAGGGUACGGACUCGAAGUGGAGAAGUUCCUUUAAUUCGACUGAGGAAUCCUUGGGGCAAAGGAGAAUGGAACGGACCUUGGAGCGAUCGCUCCUGGGAGUGGGACAGUCUUCCAGAGCGAGAUCAAGAACUUCUCAGCUGCAGAAUCAGAAAUGAUGGAGAAUUUUGGAUGUCUUUUGAAGACUUUCUUCGAAACUUCACAUUCCUGGAUCUACUCCACGUGGGGCCUGAUGAUUGGAUGUUAGAGCCCGCCAUGCACAGCAAGAGGCCAUGGAGGGCCGUGCUGGCCCGAAGACGCUGGCGCGUUGGCUUCAACGCUGGAGGCGGCCCGCAGUGCAAAGAUACUACAGCUAUGAAUCCGCAGUUCCGAGUACACAUUGCAAAAAAUGGUGCCAAAAAAUGCCACGUUGUGGUUUCUAUUUUGCAGUAUUACCCUUUAGGAUCUCAAAGCACUGAACAGAGUAAAAAAAUAGCCUUACUGCCUUUGGGAUUUACUGUGUAUGAGGUACCUCCAAACAUGGCUCGUAUCAGUAGUCAUUUUGUUCAGACUCAUCAGCCUUUGGAUAUCAUCGUCCAUUCGCCAAUCAGGGAAGCCGUCAUAUUCUUCACGUUGCCACCCGGAGAUUUCGUUAUUAUGCCUUUCACUGUGCAACCCAACUGUGAGACGAAGUUUCUCUUGAGGAUUUUCACUGACGAAGUCAGCAAUAUAUGGUAA